AUGCAGUCAGUUAACGUUAUAACAGAGGAGUUAAUUUAUAAGGCGAUUCAGAACGGAUUAGAUGCGGAUCAACGGUCCAGUAUCAGCUUUUACAAUGACUCAGACGUUACCACGCUCUCGUUGAACUACCACAAUUUAUCUUUUAAUAGAAUCAGAAAAAUUGAAGGCUUGGAUACUCUUUUUAAUCUCCAAGAAUUAUCUCUUUUUAAUAAUAAAAUUGAAAAGUUGGAAAAUUUAGAAAAUCUAGUGAACCUCGAAUUUUUAUCAGUAGGAAACAAUUGCUUAACUGUUCUAGAUGAGAUCGUAUCAUUGCAAACAUUACCAAAUCUCAAAUCCUUGAACAUGGCUGAAAAUCCUAUUUGCGAUUGCGGUGGAUACAGAAGAACUGUUGUUAAUCAUUUGAGAAGAUUGAAGUUUCUUGACUACUCCGUUGUUAACGAGAAUGAGAGAAAUGUUCCACUAAGUAUCAUCGAUGGAGAGAGAAAUGAAAACACAGAACGUAACAAAAAAGUGAAACCAGUUGGCAUAUUGAAGAAGAUUAAAAAUAAUGAAAGCAACGAGUUAUGCAAGAUUCCAUUUCAAUUAAAGAUAUCAUUUAACAUUUACGAAAAAUCUAGACUAGAGUAUGAAAAACAAGCAGAGAAAAACGCGGAAAUAAAAGAAUUUGAGGCUUACCUCAUAGAAGUGAAGCAAAAAAAUCUGCAAACUGUGAUUAGUGAAAUCGACGAUUUUACUGCUUGCAAGACAAAGACAUGGAAAGAAUUGAAAGUAUCUUCAGACAGAGACUCAGUUGAAACUCUGAUAACGUUGUAUGACGACAAAAUUGCAGAAUUGUGGGAACGUCUCAUGUAUUUAGAGGAUUUAAUAAAAGUUUUUGAACAAAAUAUAAAAGAUAUAUUAAACGGUUGGAUGGAUAAAAUUAGACAACAGUUGGUUGAAUGCAGAAAAGCGAUACAUCGUUACAACAUGUUGAUGUCAAAAGAAGUUGUAGCUUUUUGCGAACAUUUGAUGACAAGUCAAUGGCAAGAAGAAAUUUUGUCGAAUGAAAAACUUAGAACAAUAUUACUGAGAAAAGAAUCCCUCCAUGAGACGUUCAAAAAUUCACUUGAAGUUUCCCUGCAAGUUAUAGACAAUUUCGAAGAUCACGCAAACGAAAAAAUAAAAAUCUUCUUGGAAUAUCACAUGCAAAAGUUACACCAUAAAGAAGAAAUAGAAAGAAACCGGCAAAGAGUUAUUGAAAUCAACCACUUUGUUGACUUUUUAAGAGAUGAAAUUGACAACUAUAGUCUGAACAUUUUAAACAACCAAUAA